CUUGAAUACAUGAUCAUGUGACCAGUAGAUAUGUAUAUAAAUGAAUGGUUAACAAUUUGGCCUGCAGUUUGUGCAAUCGCCGUUUAAUCGAAUGAAUCAUCGUGACAAUAUGGCAAAUAUAGCUCUGAUAACGUUGAUCGCCAUUACAACGAUGAAGUCGCAUGUCAUGUGCGCGAUCACGUCAAAUGUCGCGUGCCAGAAACUUAAGUUUGACGCCCUGCAACGUGUGACGUUACCGAAAGAACUGCGUCGUAAAGACGUUGAAGUGAUUGAGGCGAAGGACAGCGCCGUCUUGUGUCUGAAGGACGACUGUAGAGAUCUGCCAUAUGAGAACAUUCGCUGCAAGUUAGAAGAUCAUGUGUACACUGUCGAAGAAUACACACAAUUGACGAGGCUUCCUUACGUAAACAACGCCAGUGAUAUCAAGGUCAGGAAGACAAGAGCGGCCAUCAAUCCUUGCGCUAUGGGUAUUGCCACGGACCUUGACUACUGUUGCCCCACAACUCGAUACUUCUCAAUCAUCUCUCAGGGUGUGCAGUUGGUUAGCAACAACAACGAGACUUGUUUAGUCAUAAGCUUACCCGGCAAGUUCCAAUGCAUCACAAUGGCCGCCUGUUGCGGUGGUGGAACGUGCAUUAGUCGACGACGCAAAUGCAUGUUGGAGAAAUCUCAACAGUCCAUAUAUGUGUGGAACUCCAACACCGGAGAGAUCGGGUUCAAGAUGUUCCCGUUUCCAGCUUACUGCUCAUGUAAAUAGUCUCCAACCCACUGCUGUAUUGAUAUCUAACAGGGAAACACUCCUAUUAUAUAAAAUAGUGCUGUAAAAUAUACUUGGCAAAAAACUUUCAUCGGUAUAAAACUUUGUGUGAUGAGUUUGGGAUACAUCAUCAUCAUUCGGAAAAUGGCUUUUAUAUAUAUAUUUAGUGUGCUUGAGAUAAACACCAAAUGCAUGCAUAUGUGUGUUGAAUGAUGAAAACCCUUAUACUUAUUGUGUAGCAAUUUUACGUUAAUUAAUGUGUGUGCUUUUUGUAGUUAACAAUUCGAAACAUGCGUGUGUUAUCUAUUUUCUGUGCCAUCAAAGAAACUAGGUCAUACCAAUUAAAUUACUUUAAUAAACGUUCCAGUCCCAAUGGAACGUUGAGCCAUUCGAACUUCGGACCAAAGGAUUUCUAAUAGCAUGAGUUUACUUACAUUAUUCUGCAACAUAUUCGCAUCUCCAAUGUAGGAGUAUUCGCACUGCCUUUACUCCUUACUACGUUCUGCAAAUGAAUAAAUAAGAACAAAACAUGAA